CUCGUCCGGCCGCGCGCGCUCCCGUGGGUCUGGAUCAGGCGCGCGUCAUGGCGGCCCCCGGCGCCGCAGUGGGCUCUGUCCUGAAAGAUGUGGUGGCCUAUGUUGAAGUGUGGUCAUCCAAGGGGACAGAAAAUUAUUCAAAGACAUUUACAAACCAGCUGGUAGACAUGGGAGCAAAGGUUUCAAAAACUUUUAACAAACAAGUAACUCACGUUGUUUUCAAAGACGGGUAUCAGAGCACAUGGGACAAAGCCCAGAAGAGAGGGGUGAAGCUUGUUUCUGUUCUCUGGGUGGAAAAAUGCAGGACAGCUGGAGCACACAUCGAUGAGUCAUUAUUCCCUGCAGCCAAUACCAGUGAGCACUUACCAAGUCUGAUUAAGAAAAAGCGCAAGUGUAUGCAGCCCAAAGAUUUUUUUCCCAAAACACCAGAUAAUGAUAAAAGACUUCAAAAGAAAUUUGACAAAAUGGCUCAAGAACUACAGAGGCAAAAAACCACUCUAGAUAAUGAUAUGCCUGUUCUCUUAUUUGAAUCUAAUGGUAUGUUGACGUAUAGUCCCACAGUUAAAGUGUAUAGUCACCACAACUCAAUGGAGAAGAGAUUGCAAGAGAUGAAGGAGAAGAGGGAAAACCUUUCCCUUACCUCUUCCCAAAUGAUUGAACAGUCUGGUGAUAAUACAAGUCACUCUGUGUGUGACACAUCACUGAACAUUACACGGGGUACUUUGUGUACAGAUGAAUCCUUUGAUCUUUGUGGAAACUCAGAAUGUAGAAAUCAGGAGACAAAAUUGAGAGAACCUACUAAUGAAAUUAAAAGUGAUGGAUGCAUUGCUUCGCCAAUAUUGAAAACAAAUAGCAUUCAUUCACUAGCAUCCUCCACCUGCCUCAGUCAUACAAGUCCUCAGAAGUCUGUGGAUAAUCUCGCAAAGGAAGAAAUAAGUUUGCAAGGAGACCCUGCAGGUGAAGUAGCUACCUCUAACAGAAAGCAAGCAGAAAGUAUAUCUAAAAAGAUGUGGUCUCCUGCGUUAUCUACAACAAAAGACCACCUGCAUUCAAGACCCAAGAAUUUCUCAGCAAAAAGAAAAAGAAUGUCACCUCCAGAUGGCAGACCCAGAAAGCAAAGGUCCAGCAGGAGGUUAGUCUUGCCCAGGCUGCAGCUGUGUAAGUCGGAAACCAGCCCGCAAUUCAUGACCAGGCCUGCCGUUCAGGCUCUAGAUGGCCUGGAAUCCUCCUAUGAAGACUACUUUUCUCCCGAUAACCUUAAGGAAAGGGAUUCAGAGAGGCUUCCUUCUGAGUCUCCGAUGCCAUCGGGGCCUGCUCUGUUCCACUGCAGAAGUCUUUCUAGGAGGGAGAGAACAAGCAUCUUAGGAAUGUCUGACUUCUCCUGCAUUGGUGAAGAACCCAGAUCAACUGACUUUCCCAAUUUAACAGCAAAACUUAGCUUCAGUCCUCAGAAACAUGCAAAUGAUGAAGGAAGUGCUUCCAAGAAGACAGCUGCUCCUGCAGAAUGCCCCGAGAGUCACAGCCAGGCCAACCUCCAGCAGGGAGGGGACUCUGAAUGCCCACACAGGGACAGCUCCUCUCAUCCCGAGGACCCUACAUGUCCCGGGGGACUUGGUAGUGACUUAACCACUUUGAAGGGAGGCGGUGAAGAAAGGACAGAACUGGCUGACCUGAAAAGCGUGGAGAAAGAAGAUGCUAGUUCCAAAUUGUUGAACUCCUCUGUUGGUGACAUGCAAACUGAUGAUAAACUAAAUUUUGUAGAUGCUUGUAAUGUGGAGAAAUCGACAGAGGAAAAAGAAAACAUACCCAGAGGAUAUAGUGAAAGUGUUAAAAAUGGACCAAGAAGACAUGAUAAUUUAGGUCACACAUCAUGUGAAGGCUCUAAGCACCUCAUUAAACAUCAGGAGGAGUCGAAGACAAGUGGGAAAGGCAAGAAGGGUGAAGAAGUGUCAGAGGGCAGAAAGGAUGAACCACAGGUGGUGACGGCUAAGCCAACAAGAACAUUAGUCAUGACAAGCAUGCCAUCUGAGAAGCAGAAUGUCAUCAUCCAGGUCGUGAGUAAGCUGAAAGGCUUUGUGUUGGCAGCCGAGGUCUGUGACACCACCACCCACGUGCUGGCCGGGAGGCCCGCGCGCACCCUCAACGUGCUACUGGGCCUUGCGCGCGGCUGCUGGGUGCUCUCCUAUGAAUGGGUACUAUGGUCUUUGGAAUUGGGUCACUGGAUUUCCGAAGAGCCGUUUGAACUGUCUAACUACUUCCCUGCAGCUCCUGUCUGCCGUCGCGAGCGCCAUAUGGCCCAGGGGCAGUACCGGGGGACCCUCUUUGCCGAUCAACCGCCGAUGUUCAUCUCACCGGCCAGCAGCCCUCCCAGGGCCAAGCUGUGCGAACUGGUGCACCUGUGUGGCGGUCAGAUCAGCCCAGCGCCCAGCCGGGCCAGCAUCUUCAUUGGGCCUCACAGCGGGAAGAAGAAAGAAGCAGUCACGUACCUGUCGGAAAAAUGGGUCUUAGAUUCCAUCACUCAGCACAAACUCUGCGCCUCUGAAAACUACCUCUUGCCACAGUGACCAGGACGUGCUGCACUGCAGACGGCCACCCAGCUGUCUUACGGCCCUCGAGCAAGAAGCGAAGCUUCUGUUGGAGAGAAGGAGCAGACCCAUACAGGAUGAUGUUUGCUCCUGUCGUGUGUGCCGUGGUUAAGGCCUCCUCUCUGCCUCCCCGUGGAUGAGUUUGCCAUUUAUAGCAUUGGCUGGCCCAUCCGGGCCUCCUCUAUGUGAUGCCAGUCUGUGGGGCUUCAUAAUGAUCAUGAUUCAAAGGUCACAGAACGUUUGUUUUUACUGCUAAUUGGAGUUGAAAUGAAGGGGCCAGCGCUGUGGUAUAGUAGGUUAGGCCUACGCCUGAGGUGUCAACAUCCCAUAUGGGCGCCAGUUCUUGUCCCAGCUGCUCCUUUUCUGAUCCAGCUCUCUGCUAAUGGCCUAGGAUUGCAGUGGAGGACGGCCUAAGUGUUUGAGCCCCUGCACCCACAUGGACCCUGGAAGAAGCUCCUGGCUCCUGGCUUCAGGUCGGCACAGCUCCAGCCAUUACAGCCACUGGGGGAGUGAACCAGUGGGUGGAAGACCUCUCUAUCUGUCUCUUUUUCACUAUCUGUAUCCC